CCUUCAACUGCCGCUAAUUGGCUGGAACGUGAGUUGGCCAAUUUCGGGUUGCCAGUUGGGCGUCGCGGGUUUUGACGUUUAAAGCGACAAAAGGAGAUUUUUUUUUUUUCAUCAGUUUUGCUGUUUUCUUUUUUUUUUAAAUCGAUUUGCUUGUUUUCCCGCUGACUUGGGGAAAAAUUGAAGAGAAAUGGAGGCUUUAAGGAAUGUCUUCCGCUCUCCGUGGACCAGCGCCGAGAAGCUGCACGGCAAGACGGUGCUCAUCACCGGGGCCAACACCGGCAUCGGCUUGGAGGCGGCGGCCGACCUGGCCACGAGAGGCGCCCGGAUCAUCAUGGCGUGCCGCGACAUGGAGAAGGCUCAGGCGGCCAUCAAAGAGGUGAAGGAGCGCUCGCUCAACCAAAACGUGGUCUGCAUGAAACUGGACCUGUCCGACACCAAAUCCAUCCGAGAGUUCGCGCGGGCCGUCAAUGAAGGGGAGCCCGUACUGAACAUCCUGAUCAACAACGCGGGCGUCAUGGCGUGCCCGUACGGCAAAACGGCUGACGGCUUUGAGUUGCAGAUGGGCGUCAAUCAUUUGGGCCACUUCCUGUUGACUUUCCUCCUGCUGGACCUGUUGAAGCGCUCCAGUCCGGCGCGCGUGGUGACGGUGUCCUCCAUGGCUCACUCUUGGGGCUCCAUCAACUUGGACGACAUCAACAGCGAGCGCGCGUACGACAAGAACAAAGCGUACGCGCAGAGCAAGCUCGCUAACGUGCUGUUUACACGCGCGCUUGCCAAACGGACGCAAGGCACGGGCGUGACGGCCUACUCGCUGCACCCGGGCGUGGUCCAGACGGACUUGUGGCGCCACCUGAACGGGCCUCAGCGCUUCUUCGUCAAGUUGGCCAGCCCCUUCACCAAGACGUCGGCGCAGGGCGCCCGCACCACCGUCUACUGCGCCGUCGAGCCCUCGCUCGCCGACGUGAGCGGCGGCUAUUACAGCGACUGCGCGCCCGCAAACUGCUCGGCGGCGGGGAAGGACGACGAGCUGGCGCAGAAGUUGUGGGAGCUCAGCUGUCGGCUGCUCGACAUCACGUGGGAUUGACGUCGCUUUGCUAAUUUUUCAAACGCAGCUUUUGGUCAUUUUCCUGUCAGCUUUGUUCUGAACGUUUGGUUCUUCUGUAUCUGCUUGUGUUUCCACACCCGGAAAUAUGGACUUAAUAAAUAAUACAAAGACAAA